GCCCGCAUCUCCCUCCAGUGCACUCUGCAGCCAUGGCCGCCUCCUCCGCGCGGCCCGCCGCCGUGGUCAUGCCAGCGCUGGCUCUGCUCCUGCUGCUGUGCGUGGGCCCAGGUGGCAUAAGUGGAAACAAACUCAAGCUGAUGCUUCAGAAAGGGGAAGCCCCUGCUCCCCCUACGACCCCGGUGGCCGUCCAGGAGAGCAGAGCCAAGGAGUUCCUGAGCAGCCCGGGGCGGCUCAAGCGGCAGCUGUGGGACCGCACGCGGCCCGAGGUGCAGCAGUGGUACCAGCACUUCCUGUACUUGGGCUUCGACGAAGCGAAAUUUGAGGAUGACAUCACCUAUUGGCUAAACAGAGGUCGGAAUGGGCACGACUACUACGAUUACCACCAGCGCCACUACGAUGAGGACGCUGCGAUCGGUCCCCGGAGCCCCCAUGGCUUCAGGCACGGAGCCAGCGUCAACUACGACGACUACUGACCGUCCCUCAGGCGGGCUCGGGGCCGCGGGCUCCGCACCACGCCCGGCCUGUGUCUGCUGCGCCUGGUCUCGGCUCAUCUUUCCUACCCGCUUUCUGUGGCCACAAAGGAAGAGUUAAAGCAAAGAACGUAAAUGCCUUCCGAGAUUUCAUGCAAAUACCUAACA